AUGUCAUCGGAAACGAUUAAAUCCAAUUUCUACUAUUCGUUUCAAAUGGGAUUCGGAGGAGGAGGAUAUGCUCUUAGUUACCCUCUGGUGGAGGCUUUGGCGGUUAGAUUGGAUGAAUGUGUUGAGAGGUAUCAUUUCAUUCGAGCAGAAGAUCAGCUACAGAGUCUUUGUUUAGCUGAUUUGGGCGUUGAUCUUAUCCACGAGAAAGGAUUUCAUCAGAUGGAUCUGCGCGGUGACGUAUCAGGCUUCCUAUCAGCCCACCCAACUGACCCUCUUCUCAGCGUCCACCACUUUGGGAGCGUCGAACCACUUUUCCCGGGCAUGGACCGACAUGGCUCAGUCAUUCAUAUAAUGAAAGCGGCCAACGUGGACCAGUCACGGAUGCUACAACAGUCGAUCUGCCACGUCAGAGCCAGAAACUGGACAUUCUCGGUCUCGUGGGGAUACGCUGCUCAUAUCUAUGAGAAUAUAUUCCCACGAAGCCGCUUGAAGCUUCCCAUCGAGACAUUCCGUCCUUGGCUCCAAGGACGGCCUCCGGUUUACAUGUUUAACACGAGACCGGUUUCUCUAGAUCCUUGUGAAGCUCCUCACUGGUUCUUCUUUGAUUCGAUCGAACAAGAGACUGAAAGAGUUGUUACUUCUUACACAAGGAAGUUUCCUAGAAACAUGACUUCUUCUUGUUCCUUAUCCGGUAAUAUUUCUGCUGAUCCUCUCGCUUCAAUCCGAGUCUUCUCUCCCAAAACUCCUAAACAGGGAAGAAAAGUGGAAUGUUGCGACGUGGAAUAUGAGGGUGCAGAUUUGGCAAACAUAAGACUUCGAGAUUGUAGGAGAGACGAAAUCAUCGCCUGGUGA